UUUUUCUUUUCCUAGUGUUUAUGAGAUUGGAUUUUUCCUCAGUGCCAGUCGAGCUAUCGAAUCUACUCGGAGUUAAAGCUGACGUAAGACAAUGGCUAGUGGAGAGGACAACAAAGACACAACCAGGGACACUGAACCCCACCCCUCUCGGGAGAUGAACUGGCCGAUUGUGCUGUAUUACAUCCACCUCCACAUGGGAGCUGUGGUUGGAAUCAACUACAUCUUCACAGAAGCACGAGUUAUCACAACCCUUUUUGCAAUACUCAUCGGAUCGCUGUCAGUAUUAGGAGCAACAGCAGGGGCACAUAGAUUAUGGGCUCAUCGCUCUUAUACAGCCAAUACAUCUUUAAAGGUGUUGCUAAUGAUUUGUCAGACCAUGCUGGGUCAGUGCACCAUAUAUGAAUGGGUUCUGGACCACCGUUUCCAUCACAGAUACUUUGGCACAGAUCUUGAUCCAUAUAACAAUAAACAUGGAUUCAUAAAUGCACACAUAAUGUCCAACUUAAAGAAAUGGAAUCCUGAUUUUCAGCGCCUUGCUGCUACUAUUGAUAUGUCUGACAUUGAAGCUGAUCCCGUUGUCAUGUUCCAAAAAAGGUACUACUGGAUCUUGAUGCCAAUUCUAAGUAUCCUACUGCCUUGGAAUGCUCCUGUGGAGUACUGGAAUGAAAGUAUCCUGACUUCUCUGCUUGUGGUAGUCUUCCUACGAUGCACCAUAGCUAUGCACUAUGCUAUGCUUAUCAACACUGCAGUGCAUGUCUGGGGUAUUCCAGCUGGAGAUAGGUCAUACCUGGAUAGCAAUCUUGUGUUCUUCCUGACAAAGAGCUACUGGCCUCAGUAUCAUUAUUUGCUACCCUGGGACUAUCAGACAGGAGAGUAUGGAAACUAUGGAAAAGGCUGUACAACUACAUUCAUCCGUGUCUGGGCAGCGAUAGGCUGGGCCACAGAUCUGCGCACUGUGGAUGUCUCAUCUAUAAGAAAUGCCCUCCUUACUGCAGUGCAAACAAAGAGGCCAGUGGCAGAAUGUUUAUUUGAAGCAGACAAUUAUUCCAAGCAAUACAAUGAAAAAGAGCAGUAUUUAAACCUGCCUAAGUCUUUGUAGGAAAGAGAAUUAGACUACAAAUCUUAUUACAGAAUACUUAACAUUCCCAACAUUUUGUAUACAGUAAACUCUCCAUCACGCAGUAUCCAGCGAUCUGGGAUUCUCAUACAACAAGCAAAAAUUUAACAGAAAAUUUACCAUUCUUAUUAAGAAAACUAAAGAAUAGCCUCUAUGUGUAUAUGUUCAUCCACCAUGUGGUAAUUCUCCUAGUCACCAUUAGUGAUGUUGCUGAUUGUCCUACCUCAAAGAGUUGCCAUUACAGUGGAGACUUGUUGAAUUUGUGGUCAUGUUACAGUACAUCUGGAAUAUUGCAUCCAUUAGCAUGGAGUGAACUUUCAUUCUGUCAUUUAUUCCACUGUAUGCUCAAUACUGUACAGGUUUGUUUACUACUCUGUAUUGUACUGCCAGGAUAGCUCAGCCAGUAUAGCAAUGGACUAUAGCUUGAACAGUUGGGGUUCAAUUCCUGGCAGGGGUAAGAGAUUUUUCUGUACUCCAUGGCAUCCAGACUGGCUCUGGGGCACACCAAGCCUCCUAUCCUAUGGGUACUAGGGGAUCUUUCCACUAGGGGUGAAGAGACCAGUGUAUGAAGCUGACUACUCACCUCCAUCUAGUGCCAAGGUCAAGAAUGGUGGAGCUAUACCUCCACUCCUGAAUAUAUCUUCAUGGCAUGGUGCUUACUUAAGUAAUUAAGCACAAUGAAAACUUCGCCUUUUUUUACAUUUACUGUGUUGUGUUCCUGUAAGAGUUUUUCUCAUGAAACCAGCAUACUUCCUUACCCAUACAUGCUGGAUAACUGGGAGUUGAGUGCAUAUUAGGGUAUUCUGUAGUUCUAGAAUGACAUGAACAAGGUAGGAACAUUUUAGACGUGUGAUAAUAGUAAUUAAGAAAGGAAUGAAAAUUAAACUGCACAUCUGACCAUGCAACUUAAAGGACAGUAUAAUCAGAUUGGUUUCAUGUGUAUUGUCAGUGCUAAAUAAUUCACAGUGAUCUAUCCAGACACGAACAUGAUAUGUUCCUCCAAAAUGCUGGUACCCACCUACCAGACUGCAUACUAUCUUGACUCAGAAGACCACAGAAUGAAUCUUCAGUACCAUGAAGAUCUCAUGUCUCAUACAGUACCAAGUAACCUUCUGGUACAUAAUCCUGUAGGCCUUAGCAUUUUAGAUGUAGGCAAGCAAAAGAAAUAUAUACAUACAAACAUAUGGCAUGCAUUUAUAUUUAUAAUGAUUCAUGAAAGUUAAUGUUAGCACUUAAUCCACAAUCUUGGCAUUAAUGUAACAACAGAAAUUUUAGUCGUAUAGAUGUGGAAUGUGACUUUUAAUAUACAGAAUAAUUAGAUCUAAAAUUCUGUGACAAUGGUAUACGAACUGAGAAGGUUCCACCUGAAGACAAAGACAGAAUCCAGCCCUUGAAACGUUUUAUGUUUUAAAUGAAAGCAGGACAGUGAAUAAAGUCCAGAUACACAAUAAUUGUAUUCAGAAGAACUACCUGUCAUUAUCAGAACCAAAUAGUUCUUGGUAAAAGCAUAAUAAAGUAUCAUAUUACAUUCCCUAUGAUACAAAAGGAAUAUGUGUGGAAAUGGAAAACUAAAUAAAAAGCAUUACCUUCAAAGAAAUGG